AUAACGAAACAAACAGAACCCUAACGCAAUUUUCGUUUCGCGUUCUUACCUCCUCUCUCUCUCUCUCUCUCUCUCUCUCUGCAAUCGCGUUCUUCAACCUUCCCCAGCUUCCAUUUCAGAGGUUCAAUCCAACCCAAUUAACCUUCUUUUAAGCUUUCCCUCGCAGAUGCAUAGCCAGUAACUGCAUGGUACCUGUUGAAGCCAAUCACAUGGAGCGGGAACGAAUUCGUAAACGACCUCGUCUCACCUGGGAUGUUCCCCCUCCAGAGUCGCAGAGGGCUUUGGUGUUAGAUGGUGACGAACGAAUCGAUAAGAAGCAUGCCUCGCCUCCACGAAGGGAUGAUGACCGCGAUGGCCAUUAUGUGUAUCAUCUCGGCGAAAAUCUCACUCCUAGAUAUAAAAUUCUCAGCAAGAUGGGUGAAGGCACAUUUGGUCGGGUUUUGGAAUGUUGGGACCGUCAAACACGAGAGUAUGUAGCUAUCAAGGUAAUUAGGAGCAUACGGAAAUAUCGCGAUGCGGCAAUGCUUGAGAUUGAUGUGCUUGAACGUCUAACAAAGAAGGAUGGAGCAAGCUCACGCUGUGUGCAGAUCAUAAAUUGGUUUGAUUACCGAAAUCACAUAUGCAUUGUCUUUGAGAAGCUUGGACCAAGCUUAUUUGAUUUUCUAAGGAGAAAUAAAUACUGCCCAUUCCCUGUGGAUCUUGUUCGUGAAUUUGGACGACAGCUUUUGGAAUCUGUAGCAUGUCUGUGGAUAAUUCUAGACCUUCAGUUUACUUCUCAUGUUUUAUUCUUAUAUCUCUUGUGUACAAUCAACCACAUCAUUUUCCUUGGCUGUCUUGCUUUGUCCAGGAACGCAGUAUUUCUUCGUUUUGUCUGCUUACUUAAACUUGUUUCUUGUGCUUUGUCAUAUUCAGAUAUGCAUGAACUACACCUAAUCCACACAGACCUGAAGCCAGAAAAUAUACUUCUUGUUUCUUCUGAAUAUGUAAAGCUCCCUAGUCGCAAGAGGCUUUCCUCAGAUGAAACACAAUUCAGGUGCUUGCCCAAAUCUAGUGCUAUUAAGCUGAUUGAUUUUGGUAGUACUGCAUGUGAUAAUCAGAACCAUAGCUCCAUUGUUUCUACAAGGCAUUACAGAGCCCCGGAGAUUAUUUUAGGUCUAGGGUGGUCAUACCCAUGUGAUUUGUGGAGUAUUGGAUGUAUCCUCAUUGAACUAUGCACGGGUGAAGCGUUGUUCCAGACUCAUGAAAACUUAGAGCAUCUGGCAAUGAUGGAGAGAGUCCUGGGACCUCUACCAGAGCACAUGGUUCGAAGAUCUAAUAGGGGUGCAGAAAAGUAUUUCAAGCGUGGAUCCCGACUAAAAUGGCCUGAAGGAGCUGUUUCAAGGGAGAGCAUAAAUGCUGUGAAGAGGCUUGGCCAUCUUAAGGAUAUUGUAUCACGUCAUGUAGAUUCGUCCAGGUUUUUGUUAACUGACUUGUUGCAUGGCUUAUUAACAUAUGAUCCCACAGAACGUCUAACUGCUCGCCAAGCCCUUGAUCAUCCCUUCUUUAGGGAUCCAACUUAAGAAGCCAAAUGCCUCUUUUGUUUUUGAUUUACUUCCAUUUCGAAGUUUGCCAGUUGCUCAGGCUGCAAGAUAAUGUUUGAUGUAUCAUGUAUUAUUAUUGAUUCAUAGCAGAGGUCAAGUCGCGUUGAUAAUAUAUUUGAUCAUUCCUUAUGUUCUCAUUUUAUUGAUCAUUUUGGAACUCAAGAAUUGAACUUCGUCUUAUGUUUUUCUAGCCAACCGCAUUUGGCUUGCAUUAUAGAAUGGACAGGAAAUGGUUUUUUUGA